UGGCAUUGUUUCUUUCACAACCUUUUAUCUAAUUUCCAUUUCCUUCCCGCUAAUGGCAUUUUCUCCCACACCAUCACUAUCUUCCUUUCCAGUUAGAAUAUGGCGGCUGCAAACUGCUUCAAGCAUGGAACGAUACUUCCCGUCUCCGCGAAUCUCCGGCACAAGCAGCCACCGCGUCGAAGCAGCUUCAUCGGAAACAAUGAGCUGAAGGGAAACAGAAGCAUGGUGCUAAUGGUGGGAUUGUGUGGGGGACAUGGAAGUGGUAAGGCAUCCAAAAGGGCUGGAAUGAUACGGUGUGGGAGAGGGAUAGAGGACUUCAUAGGAGGAGACUUGGUGAGAUUUGACCUUGGCCGUUGGCUUUCUGACGUUGAAGAACACAAGGCCCUUGCUGUCUACUCUCCCCAUGAAGGAGGUUACGAGGGGCGGUAUCUUAACCGCCUCACGUACCAGGGCUACUAUUUUCUGGACCUUAGUGCGCGAGGCCUUGGUGAUCCUGAGACCACCCUCACGAAGGUCCACCCUGUUUGUCCGCCUCAUCUAGGGAAGCAGCCCAUAUCAAGAUGGUACUUUCCACCGGAGGUCGAUUACAGGCUCGCCGCUCUGCCUCCAAAGGCCAAAGGCCUUGUAGUCUGGAUCAUUGAAGCCAAGGUUCUGUCGAAGGCGGAAUUGCAGUUUCUUGCUCUACUUCCCACCCUCCGUCCCAAAGUCAGGGUAAUCGCGGAGUGCGGAAACUGGAGGAAAUUUGUGUGGAAGCCACUCAAAGAAAUUUCAGGACUAACUACUAAUGAGGUAUGAGAAUAAUAGCAAAGAUAAACGAUGAAUUCAAGUCACUCUCAUCCUGCACUUUCCGUUGUUUAGCAGUGCUGCGCUUUGUUUAUUCAAUAUUCAUGGAACAAGUACGCUAGAGUUCUCACUAUUUCCGUUGUUUAGCGGUGCUGCAUUUUUACCGAUCACAUGUCAAAGUGUACAUAAUUGUUUCAUCGAAACAUUGUAAUCAAUCCGCUUUCAUCCGACAGACAAUUUCGAGUCCCAUGUCAUCAGUGUAUUGCAUGACAUGAACCAAACAAGCAUCUGUGUUGCAUUGCUCUGAUGAUGAACAACUAUGUUUCCCAA